UAUGUUGCACGCGUUGUUUGUUUUCCUUGAUAAAGAUAUUGUUGCUGUCUACAAAUAUUUGGCUGCAGUAAAACAAAUGACGCCUGCAAAAUUUGGUGUCAAGAAACAGCUGAUCGUGUGUUGAACGCUGCGACUCACAGAGCGAAUUUAUUUUUAGCGUAAUGGUGUCGUGAUGUGUUGGGAGGGAGCGUGCCAGCUAAAAUCUGAGAGUAAAAACUGUUUGUUCCAAACAAAGAUAAUUCGCAAAGGAAAUUAUUUACGGUAUUCUACAUGUUUGUUGCUCAGAACUUGACACUGCAGUUUUAGACAACUGAAAGUGUUUAAAGAAAACGAAAGUAGCAUAAUAAUGAAAGGUAGGAAAAGCGUGUUUCGAGAUGUUUUUCAUCAGCCAUACGACGAUAAAACAAGAAUAAAAUUAUACAACAGCAGCAAAGGAAGCCUCGAUUUAAUACAGAGACUUCGCUUACUGAAGAGCCUGCCUGUGCAUAAUGGCUGUGUGAAUUCAAUUUGUUGGAAUGAGACAGGGGAAUACAUCCUUUCAGGCUCAGAUGAUCAACAUCUUGUUGUAACACAUGGUUACAAUUAUAAGGUUCUUACUGAUCUGAAAACUAGUCACCGUGCCAACAUAUUCAGUGCUAAGUUCCUACCAAGCAGUGGUGACACAAGUAUCAUCUCAUGUUCUGGUGAUGGCAUAAUACUCUACACUGAUCUCACUAGGAAACAAGAGACAUUUUACAACCAAUUUAAUUGCCAUUCUGGUACAACAUAUGAAGUGGUCACUGUUCCUAAUGAUCCUCAUUCAUUUCUGAGUUGUGGAGAAGAUGGCACUGUUCGGUGGUUCGAUCUACGCUUGAAGGAUCGAUGCAAUAAACCUCAAUGCAAGGAGGAUGUUCUUAUAUCAUGCCAGCGUGCAGUUACGGCAUUGUCUGUAAACCCAGUAGCACCAUACCAGCUGGCAAUUGGUUGCUCAGAUAGCACAGUGCGAAUGUUUGAUCGCCGCACACUUGGAACUAAAGCAUCAGGUUGGACGGACACAGGAUCAUCAUUGAGGCCCCUUUGUUCAUUCACGGUACCUGGACUUGAGAAUCGAUCAUUUCGUAUUACGUCACUCUGCUUUAGUCCAGCUGGCGAAGAUGUCCUUGUCAGUUACUCAUCUGACCAUCUCUAUCUUUUUUGCGUCAAGGAGCAGGGAGGGUCCACACUAAAAUCCACCCCACCAUGUUCAGAGAAGGGGAAAAAACCUAUUCAGCGCUCUCCACCACCAGUACGGCGACUUCGUCUAAGAGGCGACUGGUCUGAUACUGGACCAGAUGCUCGACCAGAAAGAGAAGGUGGUCGCCGUGGAGAAGUAGCACAGGCACGCCCAACACUCCAUGCAACUUUAAUGCAGCGGAUGACAGAUGUCCUGUCACGCAUGCUCAAUGACCCUGCAACGCGAGCUGCUCUGAGUGGUGGCGGCGAAGACUCGUUGGAGGGUGGAGCUGGAGAGCCUGCUGAACGGCGCUUCUCGGCACUCUCUCUUGAUCCAGCACAGCCUGAUUCCAGCUCUGCUGCUGGCGCAAGUUCACCCACUCCUUCAGGACAAGAAGGCAGCAGCUCUGCUGCGACACCAGCAGAAACUGAAGAGCCACAGCCCAGUGACAGCACUUCAUCUGAAGAAGCUCCAGAUGCAGCACUUCUACAGAAUAAGAUCAGCAACUUACAGGAUCAGCUAACGUGUAUGAGAGAUGGCUUCAUAGAGAGACAUGGCGUUGAACCUGCUGUUCGCCUUGUGUACUCUGACAAAAGUUCGUCAAGUGGUACAAUCUCAUUAGGUGUGGGCGAUGAACUUGCACGUGAAAGAUCGCCUACCACAACAGUUGAGAGCAACGGAACAGAAGAGCAGAUGGACAGUACUGUUUCAGAGGCAGAUAAAGAUAACAGAGUUUCUGAAGGACCUACAGAACCUGAUGGAGCAGUUCCUGGUCCUAGCAGGGUGCAAGACGACAUCCCAGCAGAUGGUCAGCCACAAGCUUUUGCUGAUGGUGAAGAUGAGUACAAUGACAGUGAUGAUGAUGAUCUCUUGCUUAAUGCUAGUAGAAGGUUUGUUCAUCCUAUUGAGGAUCACAUGGAUGAGGCAGUUAAUGCAAUCAGGAAUGCAAAAGAAGAUGCAUUUGAUGAGUGCAGUAUACCACAGCCUUCUAUAAAAAAGAAAUUUACUGGACACAGAAAUGCCAGAACAAUGAUAAAAGAGGCAACUUUUUGGGGUGAAGAUUAUGUGCUUUCAGGAUCAGAUUGUGGCCAUGUUUUUAUUUGGGACCGUUUGACUGGCUCAUUGGUCAUGCUUUUGGAAGCUGAUCAUCAUGUUGUCAAUUGUCUACAGCCACAUCCUGUUCUACCAGUGCUAGCAACCUCUGGUAUUGACUAUGAUGUGAAGCUUUGGGCUCCACUUCGUGAGGAAGCCAGUUUUGAUGCCGAACUGGCGGAAACACUAACAAAGCGGAACGAAAUCAUGCUGGAAGAGACAAAGGAUACAAUCACCGUGCCAGCUUCCUUCAUGAUCCGUAUGCUUGCCUGCCUUAAUCAGAUCCGUCGAGGUGGCCGAAAUCGUGCCCGUUCACGAAGAAAUAAUGGAGAUGAUAACACCAAUUGAUAUCUCAGUGGCUUAUCUGCAGCAGUGUUUAUAGAUUUUUUAUGUGUAAUUUGAUUCAGUUUGAACUUCCUGGCAGCUCAACUCUACAAAAUAAAACCACUUCCAUAAUUUAUUCUUCAUUUUAUCUUAAAUUUACUUAUUGCAGAACAGCAACCAGUAGUCCACACAUUGUUUCUUUUGCCAUCGUUGUAUGUCUUACAUUUUAGUUUGGAUUUUAUCUCACAGUGAUUUCUGUUUGCAUGUAAUGAUAUUUUUUUUGUUUCUGUGUAGUAGUAAAAUGUUUUUGCUACUGUUUUGUUCUUGUUUCAUUAUUCCUAAUUUGUCAGUAAGAGUUUCCAUAUUGUAUACAAUGGCGUAGCAACUAGUAAGUGAAAAAUAGGAAAUGUCAUAUCGAAGGGCAAAUCUCAGAAUUGAUACAUAAAUAUUCAGUAAUUCAUUAAGCCAUUACCUUGCAUAUUUUGUGAAUAUUUUCAGAAGCUACUUUCAGUUAUGCUUUUAUUUUUGUUGUAGUUGUUUUUUGUGUGGUAAAGAUCUAAACAACAUUCCUUUUUUAAAGUUUGACAAACACAAUAUGCAUUCUGGUACUACCUUUUGUCCUUUAUUUUGAUGAGUUAUUUGUAGUUAAGAAGUUUUGCUCAAUACUAGUCAUAGAGCUGCACAGGAAGGUAGAAUAAUUGUCAGAUUCAUGAAAUAUUUUUGGUGAAUGAACAAUACCAAACUGUACAUAAAGUUUAAUUUUUUGUAAGGUAAUUUAAAUACAAUACCUUUUCCACCAAAUUUCAGAAUUAAAUUACUGAAUGUGGUGGUUAUUAAUAGAAAA